ACAGCAUAGACGUUUCGAGCACGCACGAUCGUUCGAUUGACGAGUUGUUGUGUGUUGCGUGUGCUAACCAUGAAGAUGGCCUCCGCGAACAGCAUACCCGUCUGCAGUCGUGCGAUCAUUUCAAGGUGUUCCCUACCGCUACUGCUGCUUCUACUCUCGACACACUGCAUUGUUGCGGCCAAAUCCAACGAUCCAAAGCCAGAAGAAAGCCUCUUUGAGCAGGAUCUGGGUGAUCAGUUUAAGAUCGAUGCAUCGACGCAAGGCGUACAGAAGGUGAACCUGCGAUGCGGUGCCGAUUCCAUGCGCAUCGAGCUGAAGACGGAGGAAGAUUUCCAGGGCGUGAUGUACACGCGUGGUAGCUACUACAAGCAGACGAAACCGUGCUUUAUCCGGCCGGAGCGUGCCGCCCGUACGCUCGAGAUGAAGUUCAACCUCGACCAGUGCCAGACGGUUAACAAUGGUGAGGUGUACUCGAACAUUGUCGUCGUCCAGCAUGAUCCCGACAUUGUGACGCCCGGUGACGCAGCGUUCGCGGUCGAGUGUGACUUCCGGAAACCGCGCGGUGUUACCGUCAGCUCGGAAAUUCAGGCUCGCGAUAGUCCGGCUGCGUCACGCAUUACACUCACGAGUCCGGAUCCGUCGGUCAACAGUCAGACACCGAACGAACACAACUCGGUCCACAGUGACUCCGGGACGGUUACGUUUGUGCCGAGCCGCUUCCGAAAUGGCACGAUGCCGGAGCAGCGUGUCCGCGGAACGGUUGAAACGGCCGAAAUUCCAAUUUCCUUCCCGGUGCAGCAACCUCACGAAGAGCUGUAGGUAGUAGACCACACAAGCACAAGAUACUCCUAGCCAGUGAUCGUUAGGGAGGAUACUACAUGGGUUCUUGUGGUGUCCUGCGAACCUCAUUAACUUAUUUAACAAGAACGUUCGGUUACUUCACGUUCUUAUCGAAUACGUGCGUGUGUGUGAGUGUUCUGUGUGGACACGAUUAAGAUUAUUAACCUAUCCCUCCUUUUCCCCUCCUCGAUUUUACCUUAUUUCUUUCCACAGCAUCGAUACAGCGAAAGCUAAUGCAACCGCUUCCUAUCCACCAUCAUCCCGCUAACAGCGCUCCCGAUACGAUUCGUUAACUUGUUCCAACUAACACUGCCUGGGAAAUACUGUUGAAGUUCAAGAGGGUCCCGAAUCCUUCAUAACGUUCCCGGGGUGCUUGCGCUCCAAUCGAUGAUCGUUGACCAACUCGAUCUCUAGUUUCCCAUUCUCUAUCCUCAAUAGUCACUGUUGUAAGUGACUCCUGUAAUUGUGUAAACGAAACAACGAAAGAUGUUAUUUCAAUAAAAAACCUUUGUUGAUGUAAAACUUUAAAC